CGUGAUCGGCCUUCGAUUUGAUCACCGGUCGACAGCUUAAUAUGCGCACGAAGUUUCUCCUGUAGAUCCUCUCGACAUCAUCGAUGGACUCGGAUGUCACUGCUUCAGUCGCUCUCUUGCUCGCCGUGCGGCCGCUGGAUGAGCUAUGACGGCACAACGAGCUUGGGGACCACGUGGCCGUUGGAUCGCGAACUUUGAGCUCACAAGUAGUAGUGCGAUUUAGCGGCGUGUAGUCAGUGAGCGUAACGGCAAGGUGGGUGACGGAAGUAACGCCGAAGGUUCACCGCGAAGCUACCGUAGCCGAGGUAAGUCAACGGAAAGGGAAGGUGGAGAGGAAGAUGGCGACCAGCAAUGCAGUUAAUAGGGAGGAUCCGAGAGGCGGGAAUCGGCAGGGUGAGGAAGAGGAGAUGGAAAGAGGAAUGGAGGGAGAGCGACCGUCAGCAGAUCGAGGACCCCAUCGGCCGCCGGGCGAAGCCGCUCAGCAGCGACGGCGAAGAGGGAGAAGGGUGGGCCGGAUAGGUGGUCUCUUCAAUGCAAGGACGGGGUUAAGGCGUCUAGAGUUUGUGCGUUUCCUGGUUGUCUUCAUCUUAUGCUUCAUGUUCCAUAUGUACCAGUGGCUGAAGUCGGAGUUGGGUGACAAGUUGCGCCGCUCUCUAGAGACGCUCGAGCGAGCUUUGAGAGCAGUUAAAGCGGAGGAAUUGCUUCUGAUCGCAGACAAUUUAGCGUUCAAAGUGGUUAGUGCUGUGGACCAACUGGUGGACUAUGUGGUCCGAUGGCUGGACCAUCUUGUGCCAGAUUGGUUCAAAGCAAAGGCGUAUGGUAUAGUGACACAGGCACCGCGUGUUGUCCAUCGCGUUGUGCAUGAACUGAUUGUCUCCUUGCAGGAGGAAGGGAUGGGGAAGACGGCAAAAGCCUAUUACGAUAAGCUGGAGACGAUGAUGAUCGACGCCACGAGAUCGAUUCCUCUCGGUCGCAAAGCAGCGAGGUACGUGGUGCCGACAACGAGGCUGACCUUAGAAUCGUAUAAUCGGGUCUUGUUCGUGCUGAAGGCUGUGCCAGCGCUAAUGCCGCUACCGAUAAUGCAGAGAGUCAUUCAACAGCUGCCGUUCAUUCCGACGAGAAGGGUGACGUCAGCUUUAAAUGAGCGGGUUCGACGUAUCGUCGAACCAGAGCGAGAGGGGUAGUAACCGGACGAAGCGGGGGACAUAGAGACCGAGGGGGGGAGAGGGAGGAGGGGCGGCUUGCGCGGCCGAAACGAAGGGUCUGAGUCCGCCUAUGUAGAGGAGUCGGAUUCCUUGAUCUUGUGCUAUUUGUUCGCUGCUGUGUCUUUUUUGACGACCUAGUUUUGUUGUGUGGAAAUGCAGUAUAUAGGAUGCAACAUAUCUGUGACAUUAAGUGGCGUGUAAUUGACGUUGUGUGCGUUACGGUUCUGUCGUUCUGUUUGUUCAGUUCAUUAGCAACAAGUUUAGCUGAACGGAGGUGGGCAAGCUGAGUAGGACGGGACAGGGAGAGGUUCAUUGCCGUUCAUUGCCCGUUUGCCGGUCAUCGGUUCUGCCGAUGUUAGUCACCAGGAUUGGGCACAGUAAGGGGUAAGGAGGGAGGGAGGCUUCCUCGAUUCCUUGAUAUUGGCUGUGGGUGAGCCUGCGAGGGAGAGAGCGGAAUCGACUCGCCUUCUGAGGAUUCUGGCGUUCCAGUCGUGGCUAGCCCUUGGCGACGCUGGCGUCUCUGGGAUGGGGGUUGGAUGGGUCAACGAUCUGGGAGAAGAAUAAAAUUUGAGAAAGAAAGAAAAGAAGGGGAAAGAAAGGCAGUGGAAAGAAGAGGACGCUGUUUCUUAUUAGAAGAUUAGAGGGUCGACUCUUUGAAGGCUGGCUGUGGAUCGUAACAGGGUAUCGUCUCUCUCGGUGGGUGACCCGUGGCCCGUGGGGCAGAGCGGUGCAAAAGGGAUGAGAGAAAGUGGAGACAAAUUCAGACAAUAUGGAGGGGAGAGGAAUAGGGAGAGAGGAAAAGAGAUACAGGUAGGCAAGCCGGGCAGACAGAUAGAUAGAUAUAUAGAUAGAUAGGUAGAUGGACAGGGAGGCAGACAGAUAGGCAGGUAGACAAAUAGAGAAAUGGGCAGAGAAAUAGAAGCAUACGCCGUACGGAGCGGGAGAGAUAGGGGAGUACAGAGAGGGACAGAUGGAGGCAUGCGGAGAGGCAGAGAGGGAGACAGAUGGAGAUUAUCAGAGGGGGCGCGUGUCAAGGAGGGGAAAAUACAGAAGGCAGCGAGGGAGGAAAGGCGAAUGCGAGGGAGUCUGUCCAGCAGCGAUGUCAAAUUGAUGAUUAGGGUAUUCAAGCCGAUCGGGCUUUAAAGUUUCGGGUAAUAAAAAAUCUGUGACCCCCCUCUAUCUCGAACGGGCCCCCAUAUUAUCUCGAUUAUCAGCUUUCGUUUAAGGGGGUUGUGGCAGGAUGCCGCAGGAGCAAUCGCUCAUGGUGAGGCAACGGAGGCUUCAAUGGGAUUCCAUGAACCUGGUUGUGUGUUCGAAAAGCUAGCUGGUCGAAAAGCUUAUUCGGAUGCCAACGACUCAACGAGGCUAGCACGGGCAUGGAUGUAUCCUCUGCGUUUUGACGGUCAGGUGACUCCGGUCCUGUUCGAGGCUGUCUGAAACUGUGGUUAAGUCAUUGACAAUCUUAGUCAAUGUGAGUGAUAAAGAAAUGGACCAAUU